AUGUCAAAACUACGAGACGAUAGAUCCGACUCUGAGGACGAACAAGAUUCCAUAGGCCUUCGAGAUGGGGGUUAUACUUCUGUACACCUUGGGAUCCCAAGCGAUGUGGUAGAGGAGGAAGCGGAUCUUCAGGAUCCCUAUGUUUCUCGAAUAGGUGGCACGCCAUCAUUUCUUACCUACCCACACCCUUCGUUUGACGCGUCAAAGUGCAAGGUGUGCGGCGAGCGCAUGGAGCUACUGCUUCAUGCCAACGCAAGGAGGGAGCGUAAGUCGUUUAUUAUUAUAAGUCUCAAUUCAGUACUAAUAAAAUUUCCAAAUAGGAUACGAGCUUGGAGAGGCCUUAAUUACGACGAAAAGUAUGCUCGGAAGCUCAAAAGGAAACAAGAGAAAAAGCAACAGCAAUCUGCUUCAAAAGAGUCUACCAGUCAAGCAUCUAGCGGGCCUUUAGGUGGCCCAUCCUUUGGGUUUGGGGACGAGAUCAUGGGCUUUGCUUCUCUGAGCACCAAGCCCGAGGCCUCUUCGAAGGAGAAAGAUAAGAGCAAAGAAGAAUCCGAAGAAGAGGAUGAUAUAUCUGAAGAAGAAAGCGAAGACGGCUCUGAAGAAGAGAUUACCACAAAAAUGUCAAAGGCGAAUCUUGGUCCAAGUCCAGACUGGUCCAAAUCGUCGAGUUAUCGACCCAUGUAUUUGGAUACAGAAUCAGAAUACCUACCCCCUCCUCCAAAGGCUGCCACUUCUUCAAAAGCGGCGGCCAACUAUAGCACAGGAAAGAGCAGCGGUGGCGGUGAAGAUUGGGGCAAAGAAAUGUGGGAAGAAAGCGCGAACAUUGAUGACGUUUUUGCACGAUUCGCUACCAGAGUGGAGGCAAGGGCGAAGCAAUGUGUUCGUUAUGAGCUUAAUGGAGUACCAUUGUUCUAUCAAGCGGACUCUGUGUAUAAGUCGCUCCAUUCCAUCCCAUCAGGGACAUCCGUCCCCGUCACAGGAGCAGCUUUCGUGGUCGCAGGUGCCGAACCCAAAAGAACAUACAAUCCUUCCGCAUCACCUCUACUCUCAAAAUGUCCGAUCUGUACCAGUAAAAGACGGUUCGAAUGCCAACUAAUGCCUAAUCUUAUCAACUCCUUGAAGCGGCCAGAUGGUUCUGUCUCUGAUAACCAAAUGGAAUGGGGUACAUGUCUCAUAUUCACUUGCGAAAAAAAUUGCUGUCAAGAACCGACAAGCGCUGCCUCAGGCGAACUCAGAGAGUGCUGGAGGGAGGAGGUCGUACUAGUUCAAUGGGAAGAAUAG